AGUUGCCGCACUCCGCGGGAUCUGUGAUCUGUAAUUGUGGUGUCCGCGCUGGCCGGGCCCAGUUAGCAUGGCUGCCUUCUUCCUCCUGGCUCUCUCACUUCUGGACUAUAGUUUAAAAUGAAGCUAUUCGGCCUUGCUCAGACCUGUACCUGGAAGGCAGAAAGUAUCUGGCACCAAUUCUGGCCCAGUCAUUUGUGAUCCAUGACUCUUAGGAUAUGCCGAAGAUUUCCAGGCAGUUUCUGUGGAACGCCUUCCUGUCCAGCUCUAAUCAAGCACCAUAUAAACAAGAAAUUGCCCGGUCAGACCUGUGAGGACUGUGUUCUGACUGCCAAAACGAUCAGUAUUGACACCAGAAUGGCAGCCACUCUUAAGUUAUUAAAACCGUUAGGAAAUCGAGUAUUUUGCAGUCCUUUUGCCUACAGUGCAACCCAAAGUGUGGCAUAUUGGAAUGUGGGAAGCUACACACGGCACAGGGGACAGGACCCUCCAGAACACAGUAAUCUCUGCCAUCCUGCCAAAAAAGUUGAGAACAUUUGUAGCACCUCCUCUUCUCAGAGGAUCCUGACAACCAGCAGUGCCCUCCUAGGUUUGGAAUUCAGCAGGGCUUCUGCCUCUAAAGCCAGCACAUGGAAACUGGGCUCACCUAGGGCCAUGAAAGUUGAUGAAGAGGAUAUAGAAGUUUUUGAUUCCUUUGAAGACCCCCGAGUUUUCCUGCAGCUAAGACCAGAGUACCAGCUUCACAGCUAUAACAAAUCUGAGCCUUGUCAGCCCCUAUCUGUUUCAGAAGGUGAACUAAUUUUGCACAAAGUCACAGUUUAUCAAGAUAAUCUCCAGCCUAAAAUCAUUGCCGAUUACUUCUGUAAGCUGAGCUCUAUGCCUGCAGAACAACAUCCUGUUUUGCUGUCUAGUGCCAAAUUUGCAUUACUCUGCCAGCUGAGUGUGAAAAACAUACAGCUCUUUGAUACCCUCGAUCUGAUCAAUAUUUUAAAAGCAUUUGUCAGUUUAGGAAUCCCUCACUCCCACGCAAUGCUAGAUGUGUAUGAAACCAGAUUUUGCCAUAAAGUAUGGGAUAUGAGUCUGGAUCAACUACUCAUGGUUGCUGAUCUCUGGCGAUACUUGGGCCGCAGAGUACCUCGGUUUUUAAAAAUCUUUUUUAGUUACCUUAAUUUGCACUGGAACGACCUAUCCUUGUCUCAGCUGAUUCACUUGAUUUAUAUUAUAGGUGAAAGUCGUCAGGUACCCCAGGACCUAAUGCAAAAACUGGAAUCAUUGAUCCUCAAGUAUAUAGAUUUUAUCAAUAUAGAGGAGGCUGGUGCAAUCUGUUUGGGUUUCUUUAAAUCAAGUAGUGGUCUCUCAGAAUUUGUCAUGCGGAAAAUUGGAGACUUGGUGUGUGCUGAUAUGCAGCACCUGAGUAGUUAUGCCUUGGUAAACAUUCUUAAAAUGUUCCGUUUCACUCAUGUGGAUCAUGUAAAUUUCAUGAAGCAAUUUGGGCAGAUUGCUCCUCAACGAAUUCCUUCCCUGGGAGUUCAGGGUGUCAUGCACUUGACUCUUGCCUGCUCUGCCUUACGUUUCCUAGAUGAAGGGGUAAUGAAUGCUGUGGCUGCUUCUUUGCCUCCCAGAGUAUCAUACUGUCGAAGUAAAGAUGUUGCCAAGUUUCUGUGGUCAUUUGGAACUCUGAAUUAUAAGCCACCCAAUGCAGAAGAGUUUUAUUCGAGCCUGAUAAAUGAGAUUCACAGAAAGAUGCCUGAGUUCAACCAUUACCCAGAACACCUGCUCACUUGCCUGUUGGGCCUGGCAUUUUCUGAGUACUUUCCAAUUGAGCUCAUCAAUUUUGCUUUGAGUCCAGGGUUUGUCAGGUUAGCUCGGGAGAGAACUAAGUUUGAACUCACUAAGGAGCUGUAUACUCUUGAUGGUUCAGUUGGCAUUGAGUGUCCAGAUUACAGAGGCAACCGUCUUAGUUCUUACCUUCAGCAAGAGGGGUCAGAAAUACUGUGGAAUGCAGCUAGGAAGGAUAUGUGCUCAAAACCUGAAUUCCUAGAAGCUCUCUUUUUACUUGAGACCAUGUUGGGUGGGCCCCAGUACAUUAAGCACCAUAUGAUUUUGCCCCAUACCCGAUCUUCUGACUUAGAGGUCCGGCUUGAUGUUAAUAUGAAGGCAUUGCCAUUUAACAGAGAAGCCAUACCCUCUGAAGAUUUACUAGCCAAAUUAAGGCUCAAGCAUGUGGGAAUCAGUCUUACAGAUGAUUUGAUGCAUCAGCUACUAAAGGGGAAAUCAGGAGGGCAUCUCCAGGGGAAAAUUGAGUCAGAGACUGGGCAACACCCCAUGGAAUUAGAGAAGAAGGCAGCCAUGCCCUCAGAGGCCUCUCUUUACAAUGUGGCAGACGGAUUGGGGGCUAUGGAGAUGGCUGGCCAAUGCCCGCCAGCCUGUAUGCAGGCCCCACAAGUGAAGCUGGCUAUUCAGUUGACAAACAAGAACCAGUAUUGCUAUGGUUCUAGAGAUCUGCUUGGAUUGCACAAUAUGAAGAGGCGGCAGCUGAAUCGGCUUGGGUACCGUGUAGUAGAGUUAUCCCACUGGGAAUGGCUCCCACUACUGAAACGAACUCGCUUUGAAAAGCUGGCGUUCCUCCAUGAGAAAGUGUUCACCUCUGCUCUCUGAAGGACCUUUGGGCAUUUCUGCGUAUAAAUGCUGUAGAUAUACACUGUACUAGGUAUUGUGAAAUAGUUAUAAAAGCCAGAAUGUAGGUUUGUAAUAAAAUUAUCUCUUGAGGAGACCCAAUUGUGUUCUUGUCUAUGGCAGAUUGAAGGUAGUAUAUGUUAUUGUGAAUUAAUUGUAACCUAAUUUGUGCAGGUAAAUAACAAACAUCUUAAAAUGU